AUGGCCGCCGACGGGAGCCGCGGGGUCCUGGGGCUGUGGCUGCUGGCGGCGGCGGGGCUGUGCGGCGGGGUGGCGGCCGGCAAGUCACCCAGCUGCCACGAAGUGCGGACGGCGUUUCAGCUGCGGCAGAUAGGACCCCUCAAGCUGGUCCCCGACGUGCCCACGGCUGAGUCAGAGUUACAGAUCUGUCAACAGAGAACACCAACUUGUUGCACCAAAAAAAUGGAAGAAAGCUACCAGGCAGCUGUUCGAAGGGAAAGGACUCAAAGUAUCCAGGCACUGAACUUCGAACUGAAGUACAUGAUUGUGGGUCAUAUCACAGCUUUUCAAGAGGCCUUUGAGUCUUUGCUUCGUUUUACUGAAAACCACACAAGUUCCCUGUUUGAGACAGCUUACAGACCUAUGGCAAAAGAAGCUGCAGAGCCUGUUAAAGAACUUUUUACGGACAUCUCUCUCUACAUUCUGGGUGCAGAGACGACAGUGGAAAGUGCAGUAUUACGGUUCUUUGACAGUCUGUUUCCUCUGGUGUAUAGUCGGCUAAUAAACCCAGGAAUUACAGAUUUAUCGGAGGACUAUACGGAGUGUCUACGGCUUACAAGGCAAGACAUAAAUCCUUUCGGACACUAUUCCAAGAACAUGGUUACAGAGCUGUCAAAAUCUCUUUGGGCAAGUAGGAUGCUCAGCCAGGCCCUCAGUCUGGGCAUUGAAGUGAUAAAUACUACUGAACAUGCAGCACUUACGAAGGAUUGCAGCAAAGCGCUAGUGAAGAUGCAGUACUGCCCACAUUGCCAGGGCCUGACGCUAAUCAAACCCUGUGUUGGAUAUUGUCUAAAUGUCAUGAGGGGCUGUUUGGCCAGUGUGUCAGAACUGGAUGCACAAUGGAGGGAGUAUAUCUCCACUCUGGAAUAUCUGACUAAUGAAAUGGCUGCCUCACAUGAUCUGGAAACUGCCCUGACGGGAAUCCGGAACUCCAUCAAUGAAGCCAUCCUGCACGCACAGUUGAACGGACCACAUCUCUCUGCUACAGUUGAUAAAGUGUGUGGACAGCCCAAACAACAAGAGGGGAACCUGUCACCAGACAAGGUAGUGCCAGUGAAGGAAGCACCUGAAACCCAGAGAUUCAUGAUGGCUCACGCUAGUCUGAACAAUAAACGAAGUUCUCUGCCUCUGAAAGCUUCAAAGAGUGACAAAUCAAGAAGUUUGAAAAAACUCUCUAGAGAGUUCAUCAAUUACAUGAAGCGAUCCCGAACCUUUUAUGCCUCUAUAGCAGAAAGGCUGUGUGAUGGAGACCUGGUGAUGAGAGACAGCUCAACCUGCUGGAACGGAGACGAUGUUGUAGAAAGUUACACCAGCAGAGUUGUUUCCAAUGGACUGAAAGCACAAAUUAAUAAUCCAGAACUGAAAGUCAGAGGAUUGGACCCACUCAUCAGUAAUUUAAUUGAUAAACUUCAGCACUUUAAUCAAGUGGAUGCUGAGAAGGCAAAAUCAAAACUGGACAGAUGGGCUUCCCAAGAUAUGGGCAGUGGGGGUGGAAGAAGUGAAGAGGUGGAGUCAAGCGGGGAUUGCGAUGAUGAGGAUGGCUGUCAAGGAUCUGGUGACAGGAGUCACACAGCAGAUAUACUCAAGGACAGGAAAACACAUCCAGAAACCAGAAACAAACCAAACCCAACGCUGAAGAUUGAUGCCACAGCCACCACGAGCUCUGCCAAGUCAUCCUCAAAGCACAGCGUAACUGCAGAUGGGAGCAAGCCAGCCCAGACUUCCCCUCUGGUUGUUUUAACAGCACUGGCAGUUCUGUGGCAUUGUCCACUGUAGCUGUCUUGCCUUGCAGCCACUGUGCAAGUGUUUCUGUUCACUGUCAUUUAUACCUGCAGCCUUACCCAACAG